AUGGCCUCUUGCACCAGAAGCACACACCCUGUGCCUCGGCACUACUCUUUCGGGCUUUGGCUUACGAGCUUUCUUUUGUUCACGGCGGCAACAACGCCGACGACGAAAGGGUGCGUAGAGGGCGAGAGGGACGCCCUCCUCGACUUCAAAACCGGCAUCGUCAAGGAUCCUUCCAGCCGUUUGUCAUCAUGGCGAGGCCGAGUAGACUGCUGCAGAUGGAGCGGGGUGGUCUGUGACAACAGAACCGGCCAUGUCGUGGUGCUCAACCUCCAGAAUUCCGACCCUUAUAACUAUGAGACGUCUAUCGGAGGUGAGAUCAGACCAUCCUUGCUCCUUCUAACUCAUUUGGAGCGCCUCAACCUCGGCUACAAUGACUUCGGUGGGAUCCAAAUCCCGAAAUUUUUGGGUUCCCUUACCGAGUUGACGUAUCUCGACCUCUCCUCGUCCAACUUCAGCGGAGCCAUUCCUCCCCAGCUGGGCAACCAGUCCAGGCUCCGCUAUCUCGACCUAAAUUCACUAUAUGACUCAACGAUCGAUGGCCUGCACUGGCUCUCGCGUCUCACUUCCUUGAGAUACCUCGACAUGAGCUUAAUGAAACUUUCCAUGUCCUCCCACAAUUGGCUUCAAGCGGUGAACAUGUUGUCCUCACUAGAGGAGCUACAUUUACAAGACUGUGGCCUCACCAAUCUACACUCUUCUCUUUCCCAUGUCAACCUCACGACACUGGCCACUCUCGAUCUCCAUGGCAACCUCUUCAACUCCACCUUCCCCGACUGGCUAUGGAAACUCCACAACCUCUCUUAUCUUGAUCUCAGUUUUUCUAUGCUUCAUGGUGCCAUAUCUGCUGGGAUUGGAAAUUUGACUGGUCUAAGAGAACUUCAUCUUAGUGAUAAUUCACUUUCAGGUCCCGUGCCCACUGAGAUUGGAAUUUGUAAUAGUCUAAAACUUAUCGAUCUGCGUGAUAAUUCACUCUUUGGACCCAUACCUGCUGGGAUUGGGAAUUUGACUGGUCUAAGAUUGCUUUAUCUUGAUCAUAAUUCACUCUUCGGAGUCAUACCUGCUGGGAUUGGGAAGUUGACUGGUCUAAGAGAGCUUCGUCUUAACGAUAAUUCACUUUCAGGUCCCAUACCCAUUGAGAUUGGCAAGCUUUCCAACCUCACCGUUCUUUCUCUCUCCAGAGAAAUCCCAGUAGAAAUUGGGUCUCUUUCAGCACUACAAACUUUAAAUCUAUCAAAAAACAAUUUUGUCGGCCAAAUUCCAGAGGCAAUUGGUGGCAUGAAGUUAUUGGAAACUCUGGCUCUGUCAUUCAAUAAGUUAUCCGGAGUCAUUCCUCAAAGCUUUUCGGCGUUGAAUUCUCUGAGCCACUUGAAUCUGUCUUACAACAAUCUAUCGGGAGCGAUUCCAUCGGGGAAUCAACUUCGGACGCUGGAGGAUGCAUCCAUUUAUAUUGGAAAUGUCCAACUCUGUGGACCUCCGGUGACCAAGAGUUGCUCCGACGAUCCCAACGUCGAUUCGACAGAAGAGGAGUACGAACAAGGAUCUCAUGUGCUGUCAUUUUACUUUGGUACCGGGCUCGGAUAUUUGGUCGGCUUAUGGAGUGUGUUCGUGAUCAUGCUGUUCAAGAAAGAUUGGAGACUCUUCUAUUUUGCAAUGAUGGACAAGAUAUACGACAGAGCUUAUGUGGCAAUCAAGAUAAGAAUGCGAAAUUGGAAUGACGCAGCUGGUCGAACGUGA